AUGCCACCGAGGAAGAGGAAGAAGAGGAGUAACAACGGUGUGGUUCUCACGGUCAUGUUUGUGCUGCAUCUCUGUCGUGCUCAGGUGAUCAGUGAAGACAACCCCAGCCCUUCAGACCAGGGCUCCGGCAGAAAGGCUUUCUUCGCCCUGAGGAGCUGCCACCAGGUUCUGGGAGGAGACACUGGAACCUUCUUCUCUCCGGAUUAUCUCUGCUCUAACCCUCCGCUCUGGUGCAACUGGACCAUCCAAGUGCAUCCUGGGAAACGGAUCCAACUGGAGCUGGCCGACCUCACUCCAGACGCCGACUGUGAGUGGAGACGAGACCAGAUCCACAUCGACGAGCUGCACGCCCAGAGUCAAAAGCACAGCCUCCUGCAGAAGUGUUGGAGAGAAGCCUCCUACACCUCCACUUCCAACACGGUGCAUGUGGUGCUGCUCAUCGAGGGGUCUCCCACUCCACCCUACAGGGGCUUCCACGCUCAGUACCAGGCGUUUGGACCCCCACCAGAGCCGGACAGUCCACCCCCAGAACCCACUCAGACCAAAGACAAUUCCAGAGAAACUGAGGCAACGGACUCUCAGACGGAAGAGGGGACGAGUGAAGAUGAGAUGGACAUGGGAGAUGCAACGCUCUCCACAGAUUUAGAAAGGGCAGAAAUCGCCCUUCAGUCCACCGAGGAGCCGCUGCCAGAGUUCAAAGAGGAGUCCCGCCCCCGAGUCGGCACUGCCAUUCGCCGAGACGCAGAGACGGACACCGCAACGGACCAAUCGGAGAGAGAGGCUGUCGACCAAUCAGACGACAGCAUCCUGAAAGAGCUGGAGGAGGAGAUUCUCGACCAGAUGGAUCCGGAGAGAGCAGAGGAGGGAGGACAGACGUCCGCCACAGAAGAGCCGGUCCUGGGAAAGACCGAGCCACAGUUUGACCCCAGAGCAGACUCUAGAUAUUUGCUUUUUGAAGUGUCUGUGGAAGUGAACGUCUCUCGAAACGCUGAGCCCUGGAACGAGGUCGCCCAGACUCUGCUGCUCUCCGUCAAGAAUAUGCUCAUUAACCAGCUGAAGCCCUCCAUCGUGUCACAGACCAUCUCCUCCAAACGCAUCAAACGGUUGAACUCUGGGGUGCUCUUCAUCCUGUGGCUCCAGAUUGGGCAGAUGAGUUCCGGGCGUCACGUCCAUGAACUGGUCCACUCCUCGCUCCUGCGGCUAAUCGGGUUCAGACCAGGCCCGGAGGACUCUGUGGUCCUGUCUCUGUCCACUGCAGAUGUGAAUGAAUGCGACUCUCAGUUGACGGUGUGCGACCCUAACGCAGACUGUGUGAACCACUUUGGCUCCUACACCUGCGUGUGCCGCGGGGGCUUCCACGACCAGUCCAGAACCGGGACCGGGACCCUCUGUGUGGGGGACAACACCACACCUGACUGCCCGGCUCCGCUUUCGUCCGAAGCCAAAGCCGUGUUCGUCCUCUUCUUCCUGCUCAGCGCUCUGGUCAUGUCUCUGCUCGUCCUGAUUGGUCUGUUUUACCAUCGUCAUCGCCGCGGACACUUCCUGGUCCCGGACUCGGACCCAAACAACAACAACAACAAUCACCACCACAGCACCAUGGGCAGCAGCGGUCGCCAUGUGGACGUGGACCGGCCCCCGCCGCCGCCUCCACGCUGCCCCCCAGUGGAUCUACAGCUGCUACGCUACAACGCCAUUCUGUCUCAUGAGCCCAAACUGUGA